AUGGCUAUGGGGCUCUGCGAUUCGUGUCGUGCAUUCGACAUUCAGGCUUUUGACCCCAUUAAGGGUCGAGUAAGGGGGUAUAAAUUACUGUCGGUCAUUGCUGCCGCCGAAUCUGGCUGUCAGUUCUGUUCCAUACUCCUCACAGCGCGUUUUUCACCGGCACUUAAAAAGGAGGGAGUGAUAGCAAACCUCCUUCAUUGGAUGCAGUGGAUUUAUUUGCAACCUGACGACGAGUGGAAGCAACGGUUGGAUACUCAAUGCCAGCAAGAUUAUACAACCACUUCCAACCUCGGCAGUCCACUCGGGCUUACUAGAUUGUGGGCUAGUAGCUCAAGUCCCGCAUACCAUAUACUCCACCGCUCCACGCCUCUGAGCCCUUUCCAGGUUCUAGCUGACGAAGAGUCUCCUGCGGCUAUCAGUGGUGAUGUAACGGGACGACUACUAAGCUCAAAGACAUCGUCUGACGAUCACGUACGGGUGCUAUCGCGUUGGCUUCAACAGUGUCAAGAAUCCCAUGAAGAAUGCCGAGUAUCCUUAUCGGGCUCGCCUUUACUCAAUCCGGAAGUCACUGACCUUCCAAACCGAUGCAUCGAAGUCAGCCGUAACAGUGAUGGGACAAGAGGACUUAGACUGAAGGAAACUGGCGGUCGACGGGGAAAAUAUAUCACGCUCACCCAUCGCUGGAUUCAACCGGACACCGCCAACGCCUCCACUGUACAAAUCAACUACUCUGACAGGCUUCAAGGAAAAGCGCUGGAUCAUCUUCCAGCUCACUUCGAGGAUGCCUUUGAUCUUGCAUUAAAGAUGAAUAUACCAUUUCUAUGGAUUGAUUCGCUUUGUAUCAUACAAGACAGUCAACAGGACUGGAUGAUAGAGGCUUCCCAGAUGGCGAAGUACUACCAAAACUCAUUCUUUACAGUCGCUGGUUUUGGAGUUACCCGAGACACAGGACUAUUCGCAACCACUGACCAAGACCUUGGGCCCAAUCUCGUCCGACUUCCAUAUAGAGACCGACAGGGCGAUCAAAAAGGCUACUUUUUUGUAUGUCAUGUCGAUCAUUCGGAAGUCAAGAGUCAGUAUGACAGAGAAAUCGCUCAGUCCGAUUUACUGAGUAGAGGUUGGAUCUUCCAAGAGUGGAUAUUGAGCAGACGCGUUAUAUCCUACACAAGAACGGCUUGCUUCUAUCAGUGCCAAAGGACCAGUCCGCGAACCACAACUUCCAAUGAUGUCAAUCUGAGUAUACUCAAUGAUAAACAUGCUGACAUCUCCCUUAAGAAUCAUUUUAGGCUCGAUUCUUUGAAAGAGGACGAGAGUAUCUUUCAAAAGUGGAGAUUUGCUGUGCAUACUUAUUCUUCUUUGCACCUUACCAACGCUGGCCAGGACAGAUUGAGCGCACUCGCUGGUAUCUCACAAGAAUUUGCCACAGUCAUUAAUCGCUUAAUGGAUCAGAAAGAUCAUUGGGGAAGCUUCUAUCUAUCUGGACUAUGGGCCGGAGACAUUAUAGCAGGCCUUUUAUGGGAAAUGGAUGGAUCGUGUUCAGACAAAAGACUGAGUGGGAUUCCUACAUGGUCCUGGGCAUCAGUUGUAAAACCUAUCGUCUGGCAGCACGACCAUCGCAAAAUAUCAUCGGGACUUAUGGCUCAGACCAAGGGACUUUGCAAAUUCCUUGGUGCGAAGAAAACCUCGAUGCGUGAGCAAAUGUCAACAUUUGAGUACGACCUCACCAGAGAUGCCGAUCUAAAAGGUCAAGUCAUUCCAGUGGAACAAUUUGUUGUGCCACAAUUCAAUACCCUUGUUAUGCAGGGAAAGCUUCUUCGUGUCAGAAUCAGUGGCCUAUUCGACUCGGACUCAGACCUGGACAUCGCAAGCACCUUGUCAGGUUAUGAAAUCGACCACAAACACAACUUACACGCGGGGUUCACGACAGUUCCCGAAACACGGACACGGGAGUAUUGGAGGAAAAUAAGCCUUUCUCAGUUUCCGGAAAUUCUUUGCGGAUGGGCAUCAAUCGAUGACUUGGUUGCAAGCUCCGAGCCCAUACUCCAGGAUGUCGUUGCUUUUCCACUCACGAAGGCAACUGUGAAAUUUCCAGGUUUUGGUCUCGGUUAUUGUUGGUAUUCGUACCAGACGUACAGUGUCCUUCUACUCCGACGCAUAGCAGACGGUUCAUCUUGCUUUGAGCGGAUUGGGGUUGGGAGGAUCUUUGGGCCACAGACAGAGGACCAGCUGAAGUCAGCAAUUGAAACAACUUUUUGGCUAGUUUGA